AUGAAUGCUGAGAAUGAAUUGUGCGCACAACGAAUUGAGACGUUGUGCAAGAAACUUAUGGUUUCGCUCCAUGAAUGGGGUUACCGCUCUUUCUCCGCUCGCGAACAAGUACUCUUAGAGGUUAAACGUCUUCUUAACUACUACAAAGACGAAGAGAUAAAAAUCACCGUCAUCGGGCACAGUCUCGGUGCUGCCUUGGCCGUUUUGAGCGCGUACGACAUAGCCGAGGUUAGGUUAAACGUGAUUGGCGACGGUGACGAACGUGUUCCCAUGACGGUGUUUUCGUUUACGGGGCCUAGGAUUGGGAAUUUGAAGUUUAAAGAGAGGUGUGAAGAGCUCGGGAUGAAGGUUCUGAGAGUGGUGAACGUGCACGAUGUGGUACCCACCAUGCCGGGGAUAAUAACGAACGAGAAGUUUCGGUUUCAGAAGUACAUAAAGGAUGCGCUGUCGUUUCCGUGGAGCUAUGCGAACGUGGGGAUAGAGAUUGCGUUGGAUCACAGAGAGAGUCUGUUCGUGAAGGGGAACGUGGAUCUGGUGAGUGCGCAUAACUUGGAGGUUCAUCUGCACCUCGUUGAUGGCUACCAUGGGAAGGAGAAGAGGUUCUGCUUGGCGUCGAAGCGUGACAUAGCGCUUGUGAACAAGAGCUGUGAUUUUCUCAGUUUGCUGCACUGUACUAUGAUUGAACUAAAAACAGUUCAGCUAUUAUGAACUAUGUUUUGGUUCAGUUCAAUUUAGGUGAACUGUUUUUAGUUAACUACAAAUAUUUAUAGUAUAGUGCAGUGCAGUAUAC